AUGGAGACAUCCCUGAAAAUGAAACCCAAGUUGGAAAUAUUGGUUCCAUUGCUACACAAAACAAGGUCAAGGCAAAAGACCUAUAAGAUCAAGAUCAUUACAUGCAGAUAUAAUGCUAAUUAUGAGGUAGCUAGAGCUACGCAAGAAAAGAAGGCCAACUUCUACCGUGUUCUUUCGCUUGAAUCCCAGAAUGUAGGGUUUGACGAGAUCAAGAAGGCUUACAGGAACAUGGCUCUGCAAUACCACCCGGACGUUUGUCCUCCGUCGACAAAAGAAGAGUCCACAAAGCGAUUUGUUGAGCUCCGACAGGCUUAUGAGACCCUGUCCGAUCCAAUUUCACGUAGAUUGUAUGAUUAUGAGUUGGGUUUGGGAAAUUCUAUAGGGUUUGACUUUGAAGUACAAAUGGAGGAAAGGAAAAACAAUUUUCCAAAGGAAGUAUGGGAAGAGCAACUUUAUGGACUGAAACUACGAUCUCAUGUCCGAUUGGAGAAGAAGAACAAUAAAUACAUCUAG